AUGUCUGCCGCGCUUACGCCUGUGUGUCUAGGCGUAACUAUUCGUAGCCUAGGCAUAGCUCGACCCCCAAGCCCCGACCCAAACAAGGCCGGGUGA